ACACACAACCUGAGACUGCCCUGAAGACUGACCGCCUGGUUAUUACUGAGGAGAGGAGGAAGCUUGCCCAGCUGCAGCACGCCUACACCUGUCUGUUUAAGGACUAUGACUCCAAACUCAAGACUGAGGGAGGAGACAUGGUUGUUCGUCUGGAGGAGGCAGAGAGAGCUCUGGCUCUGAAACAGGAUCUGAUUGACAAGCUGAAGGAAGAGGUGGAGCAACACAGAGGAUCUCUAGAGACUGUUCCUGUUCUGACUGCCCAGGUACACACACUCACCCCUGUUUUGACUGCCCAAGUACAAACACUCACCCCUGUUUUGACUGCCCAG